CAGCCUUGCUUUGCUUUCGCCACCAUUUUGAAAUCGUCGGUCAGCAGUUAAGGUAAACGAGAUAAGACAUCGUCAUUGUUCCAAAAUGAGCGAACAGCUUUGCAAACUAUUUGUUGGUGGCCUGAAUGUCGACACCGACAACAACAGCCUGCGGAAACACUUCGAGCAGUUCGGUACUCUCACCGACUGCGUGGUCGUCACCAACAAGCAGCUGCAACGGUCCCGUUGCUUCGGCUUUGUCACUUACGCUUCGCCAGAGGAGGCCGACGAGGCCAUGAAAGGCAGGCCACACACCGUCGACGGUAAUGCCGUCGAGCUGAAGCGGGCCGUUGCAAGGGAAGACGCAAACAAACCAGAAGCCCUUGCAAAGGUUAAGAAAAUAUUCGUUGGCGGCCUUAAAGAUGACAUCGAGGAAGAACAUUUGACCAACCACUUCAGUCAAUACGGUGAGGUGGAGAAGUCCGAAGUCAUCUCAGAGAAGGAAACCGGAAAGAAGCGAGGUUUCGGCUUCGUGUACUUCACCGAGCACGAUUCGGCCGACAAGUCUGUAGUGGUGAAAUUCCACACAAUCAACGGACACAAGGUUGAGGUGAAAAAGGCCCUGACCAAGCAGGAGAUUCAGGCUUCCGGCAGGAGCAACAUGGGGAUGGGCGGAAGAGGCGGUAGAGGAGGCAUGAGAGGGAAUCAAAAUGGCUACGGUAACAGGGACUAUGGCGGAAACUACAACUACGGAAAUGGCGGAGGCUAUGCUGGGGGCUACGGAGGAGGCUACGGCGGCGGCUACGGAGGAGGCUAUGGAGACCAGGGUAGUGGAUACGGUGGUGGAAACGGCUACAAUGAGUUUGGUAGCUAUGGCCAACAUUCAUCCGGGUACGGUCCAAUGAAGGGUCCCUACGGGCCUCAGCGAAGCGCUGCUCCCUACAGCCGAGGUGGGGGCGGUGGCGGCGGAUACCCAAGGGGAGGAUAUGGAGGCGGCUACUAAACGAAGACUGCUCAUCGACCACCCAACCCAUUUCGACUCGGUACCUGAAUUCCACCGCCAAAAUUCUAAAUCAGUAACGGGGUGUCUGCCGUGAAAGUCGUCCACGGCAGAGAUAAGGACAGAGAUCCCCACUGUUCAGCCCAAACAGGUAGGAAGGUCACUUCCCAGAAAAACCUGUAGAUUUCCAGCACCGCUUCAACUAGGACACAUUAAAAGAAUAAAUGAUAAAAUUGAUCCCUUUUAUGUACCCACGCACCAAUGUGUGGCUAGUCGUUUAGAAUUAUUUUUUUAUUUGCGUUCAAUCGUUAUUUUUGGAACUUCUGAUGUAGGUUUGUUUUUGUUGCUGAUAAGUUGAUACCUUUUCUUAAUAUUUUACAUUUUAAACAGGUAGACUAGGUUGUUUAUUUCUGGUGUGUUUUCAUUUUGUGAGGAUAAAACAGCAUUUUUGUGCUUAUGGAUUUCAGCUGUGUUAAACUGAUCACAUUUAUAUGUAUGUUAUUCACAUCAGUGAAUCAGUGAAAAGCGGGAACACUUCAGGAUCCAGUCUCUGUUCCUCCACAUACUGUUUUCCAACUCCGACCAUAGCUCCACAACCGAACCUGUUUAUUUUCCUGUAGCAAUAUCCUAUGUAUAUUGUAUACUUAAAUGUCUGGAGAACAAACUUACUGUUUAAACACAUUGAUAUGCUUUAUGUAUGUUCUUUUUAAAUAAACCAAUUCUACCACGUAGCUUAGUUAUCUUACUUAUUUAACCAGGCUUCCUCAAGUUUAUCCACAGGUUUAGAAGUGACUUCAUCUCCCUCUUUAUAGUUCCCAGUUUUUACCUUUACACUCAGGUGGGUGAAAUGAAUGAGUCUGCCCACAGCCAAUGCAUGUAGGCUUUGUAGGGUUUGACAAUUAAUUUUACUUAUGUGCUAAUUUAUUAUACAUUCAAUUAAAUAUAUUGAAUACUUUAUGUCGACAUGAGGGCUCUGAUAUUUACCUUUGAUUAUUCCUACAUUUAGGUGUUCUUACUUGUAUUCCAGUAGGCUAUCCAAGCCAAAAUAGCGGUAGCAGUUUGUUUGUAGGCUACCACAGGACCCUGUUGAUUACCUGGGGUCGAUUGUGAUAGGAGUCUGAAAUAUCUCUUUAGGAUAUCCUCAUCCAGCAAACUAGGUAUGUAAAUCAACCUGUUUUCACUCUGUGUUGGUCAAGUAUGUAUGGCAAGACUGCCAGUUAUAUUAUCUUAUUUCAACUUUACUUGCUUAAAUUCCUCAAACGCCUUCCUAUAGCUAAUUUUAUAUUCAAAACAAAGAGGGGAGGGUGGCUAAUUUGAUCUUUUCUUAUUACAAAGUGGUUGGAGGGAGGCACAAACUUUGUUCCAGCUUUGAAUAAGAUCAUGGAACAGUUGCCUCCCAUUAAUGAGCGUUGUCUGGUUUCUCAUUGUCUUUCUCUCUCCCAUCCCUGCAGGUUGCUACGGUAACCUUGGCCUGAGGACUUCGCCCUAUGAGCAGUCUGGUGUUUCAAUGCUGCUGGGGGAAGGAGGAGUGGUCAUGUGUACUCCCCCACAGGUGAAGUCAGUUUCCAAUGGGACUUCAGCAUGGUCAACAUGCGUUAUUGAUGUGCUUUUAUCCCAAUUUAUUAAGACAUCUUCCUUUAGGUGAACAAGUGACCCAUGUCACAAGGAUUACUUCCGCAGAUUUUUUUUAAAUAAAGAUAUUUAUUUAUACCUCA